UUCUCAUAAUUUUGCAACUGUCGCAUUACAGUAUCUGCUCAGUUGAUAUCCCGCACAUAAAUUUACUAAUUACUGCCGCCAGGCGUACUGUUACGUACAUAGGCAUCACGUAUCAACAACUGGGAUUUGGGAAUGAAGACCAGUUAUUAUUCCCUCGCGCCACAAUCCAUCGUGCUGGUGUUGUGGGCGUGGCUGCUAUCCCCGGAGCGCCGGUAUGCCUGUCCGACGAGUGUGCAGCGCGAAUGCGCCGAUCCCGGAUGCCAGUACACCAUCACGCAACUCGAGCAGCUCGUCCACGAGGCGACACGCAAUUCCCCGCCGACACCCAUUCGCCUGCCGUUUGACCGCGUCCCGCCCAUCGAGCGGCUGACCGUGGAACGGCAAAUCGUGCGUAUUGAAUCGGGUCAGCAGGCCCUUUUCGACUGCCCGCUGUACAACAUCCCGGUUACGACAUGCAGCACGACGUGCACUCCCUGCGCCCCAUCCCGCACAUGCCCGGUUUGAUGAUGGCCACCAUGUCGCUCUCCGUCCGCUACUUCCCCUGGAGCGCCACCGGCAGUCUGGUUGAGUGCGCGCAGGCGUGUGGUCGCCUGCAGGAGACGCCCACCACGCUGCGCGACAACUUCUGCACCUAUAGCUACCAGAUAUUCCAGUUGGUGGUGCUGCCGACGGCCGGCCAGCUGUUUAUCCACCCGCUGGCCAACGCCACGGUCCAGCGCCUCUCUGACGCCAGCUUCGAAUGCGCGGCCAACACCUUGCCUAACCAGCCGGUGGCCUUCAUCUGGCGCUUCAACGGCCACGUCAUCAGCGCCCCGGCUGAUCAUCCCCUUUUCGCGCUGGCUCGCACCCGCCUGCUGCGUCGUCAGGAGCAGCCGCGGCUGGCGGCGCAGCGUUUCCCGCUCUUCGGCAUCUCUUCAGCGGAGCAGUUCGUCUUCAGCGUCACCGCCAAUAUCUCGACCAACACGGCCAGCAGCACGCUGACCAUCAGCCAGGUGGAUCUCCACACGUCGGCACGCGUGGAGUGCUGGGUGCGGCCCAACGCCGACGCUGAUACGUGGCGCGUGCAGGCUGCUUAUCUGCACGUCUACAAAAUCACGAGUACCGGGUAGGAAAUGGCAAUGCCCGACGUGUAUCCCGUUGCGACUGCGUUCAGCAUAUAACAGCCAACUCAGAACUGUUCAGCUUUAUUCUCAGGAUUACGCUACCGGCAUCAUUUUUGCAACUUUUGCCGGUAGUCAUUAAAUUGGAUCUCCAAACGAUUUUUACCAGUUUCAAGAUAGUCCACGGACAAUGAUCCACUGCCGCUGGAACAAAAUGGACAUCACCGAUGACCCGGUGUAGAGAAAACGAGAAAAGUGCAACACCUACGAAAACAGUCACAGAUAAUCUUUCCAAUCCAUUCGCAUAACGUCUUCCACCGCUGAUCGCGGCUGAGAUGCCGCUAUCCAGCGCGUACAUCCCCUCUUAUUCCAUACAAUAUCACCGCCAAUUACGCGACUUUUCAUUUACAAGGGCGUCCCAGUACUAUAUUCGGAUGACCACCCUACAAAUUCGACGGAACGCAUCGGCAUUAGAGAUGUCAAAAACCGAACCGAAUCGUUUGUAACCGCGGUUAAACCGGUUCGGUUUGGUUCCUCGUUAUUUUGACCGCUACUUUUGUGCUCCAACCGAACCGUUGUAAUCGGUUAGGGUUAAUCGCCCGGGGUGCCCAAUACCUGAUAAUGGCUUUUACAUUUUACUAUAGCAGAAGAAAUGCUGCGUCAGUUUCUGUAAAUUUUGUUCUCUGUAC